GUGCUGUCUGCUAACUGUGUGUUAAUCAGCACGUCGGGCCUGAUUAACCACAACAUGCAAGGAGCCGAAAUGGAUUCCUGCUGUUGAGCUAUCUUACUGUAAACAUUACAUAUAUCGGAUUUGUCGGGUUUCAUUGAAGUUAGCGACAUUUGCUGUUUAGUUUUGCCUCUUCUGAACCAACUUAUAGCUACGUAGCUGGAUCUGCUGUAAAUACCACAAAAAUCCUAGGCAGUUACUGUAUGUUCGCGCUCAAACCCGUGAACACUAUACCUUACAGAAAUGAUGGAAGAUUCUCAUUUUAAUUCAUCAUAUUUCUGGUCUCCCGUCCCCACUGUGCCAGGACAGAUUGAAAAUGCCAUGUUCCUGAACAAGGUGAAAGAGCAACAAGAAAAGAAUGCUUCCUUCGCUCCUUCCUCUGCAUCCCACUACCAAACAGCUCUUCUCACCAUCCCCACUCCUGGGGCCAAGACAGAUGGAGGCGGCCAGGCUGGGAAUGCGACACACCUCCACCCUCCUCACAGCACCCAGAACAUCACGGUGCUGCCUGUCCCCUCCACAGGCAUCAUGACAGCAGCGGGUCUGGUCAUCACGACUCCUCAGGGAACGCUGGUCUCUCCCACCUCCUCUCAGUCGUUUGUCUCUGGUCAUCCAGCAACAACUAUGAUUGUCUCAGCACUCCAUUCUCCAGACAAAAAGGAAGGGGAUGGGACAUCCCAUGUUGUUGUGAUGCCGGCGCCCUCAAAACGAGGCAGAAAGAAGAAGACAACAGUGCCCAGGGUUGGUCCUGUGGGUGGACCAGGAAAUGAAACGCUGAUACUGGCUCAUCUCACAUCUGGCGGCCAGGUGACAUCUUUGCAGCAUCACGGUGGAGACCCAUAUGACCUGUCUAAUGAGGAUGAAGACCGUGGCCCAAAAGAUAGCACUAAGACAUACAGGUGCCGGAUGUGUGCGGCGACCUUCUUCAGUAAGUCUGAUAUGCAGAUCCACUCCAAGUCGCACACAGAGGCCAAACCUCACAAGUGUCCUCACUGCGCCAAGUCAUUCGCCAACUCCAGCUACCUGGCCCAGCACAUCCGCAUCCACAGCGGGGCCAAGCCUUACACCUGCUCCUACUGCCAGAAAUCUUUCAGGCAGCUCAGUCAUUUACAGCAGCACACACGGAAUCACACAGAGUCAAAGCCUCACAAGUGUCCCCAUUGUACCAAGUCAUUUGCCAACUCUAGCUACCUGGCCCAACAUGUCCGCAUCCACACCGGAGUGAAACCCUACACCUGCUCCUACUGCCAAAAGUGCUUCAGACAGCUCAGUCACCUUCAGCAACACAACAGGAUUCACACUGGAGAUCGGCCAUACAAGUGCUCCCAUCCAGGCUGUGAGAAAUCCUUCACGCAACUCUCAAAUUUACAGUCCCACCGGCGUCAACACAACAAGGACAAGCCCUACAAGUGCACCAACUGCAAUAAAGGAUACAUAGAUGCAGCAAGCCUGGAGGUGCACAUGUCCACACACACUGUCAAACACGCCAGGAUCUACUCCUGUGGUCUCUGCAACCGCACUUAUACCUCAGAGACGUAUCUGGUGAAACACAUGGAGAAACACAACCCAGACCAGUUGACUGCACCAGCAGUGGUGGCACAGACGACACAACAGAACCAGAACCAAAGCCAGGCCCAGGGCCAGGCUGGAGCUCAGGGCCGGGUAGAGAGUGCAGAUGGAGGAUCGAGCCGCCCUGGGGGAGCUGGGAGCGGAAGAGCGGGCGGAGGCCAGCAGGGACAGAGCCAGAGCAACUACCCCCAGACAGAAAACAUCCCAUGUCCAUUUGACCUGCACCAGUAUAAGACGGUGUCUGCCAGUGACAUCCAGUACAAACCAGUCAGUGUGGCUGACAUUACUUCCCACAAGGACCUCUGUCUCACUGUGUCAGCAUCCACCAUUCAAGUGGAGCACCUCAACCCUUAGAGGUGAUGAAAGAGGGUGUGUGGGGGGGUGGGGAAAUUAGAAUUAAUUCAAGAAUACAAGAAAUGGAGGAUGGAGAGUCAAAGGAAAAAAGCAAUACUAAGAUGAAACAAGAACUUUGAACAUCUGACUGUGCCUGAACAAUGGUUUGAGGCAGGCAGGACAAAUGAUAUGGUGACACAAUUUACUGAAGGCUAUCAUUUUGUUUUAUUUUUUCAUUUGUCUCUUAUUUUCUUUCUGCCUUGCUUGAUUUGUUUUCCUUUUGCCUAGCUGUCCUGUCUUAGUAGAAAGUGCAUGUAAAGGCUGCAAUAAAAUAUGUAACAGUCCAUCACAGUGAUGGUUUUAAAAUAGGAAGAGAGUCAAAGAAACAGUGCUUCUGUUGUUUAUCACCUCCUGCUCUUCCCUACAAAUACAGCUUUGGCCAUAGCAAUUUAUGGUCUCUCUGUUGACAAAAUUGGUGGGUAACUGAAGGUAAAUUUUUAUACUUUAAUACAGAGACUUUCAGUUUUUACUCAGUGUUAUUACCUUUACUAUGUUGUAAAAUAUAUUACUGCAGUUAAUUCUUUUUGACCUUAAAAGGGAUGUAGAGGUUAUUUCUUUUUCAGGAAAGAAAAAAUAUCAAUCAAGUAUAUAUAGAUAUAUACUACCAGUUUAUAAAUAAUGAUUGUGUGUUUAAAGGAUGUGGUAAUCCAUAUAACCUAUUUAGACCCAUUCACAGGCCUUCUCAUGACCUUCGGGCGAGUGAUGUGCCAGUUCAUGUUUCAUGUAAUCCUAUUGUACUGCUUUGCGUGUAUGUCCUAAGAGUAAUGUUAUCCAAAUGUGUACUUGCUAUUAUACUUCCACAAUAACAUUUACAAUACUUCUUUAUAGACAUACUUACACAUCUGAAAUGUGUGUUUCUUUCUGCUUAUAAUACAAUAAAUCCUGUGAAAUUUU